UCCACAGUGAGUUUUUCCUUGUUUUCAUGUUCUAGUGAUUUUAUUCAAGACUAAAGGGUGAAACUACAGCAGCACAGAUCAUGGAUGCCGCCGCCUCCCCCUCCGCUCCUCUUCAUCCCUUCUGGCCUCGGGACCUCCUCAUCCCCUCGUACGUUGCCAAUGACCGCUCCAUGUCGGAGAUCCUGGUCUUCCUGUUCUCCGUGUCCGGCCUCCUCCUGCUCGUUACGUGGCUCGUCACAGGAAGCAGCGGUCAGCUCGGGACGUGGCGGCGUCUGGCUGUGUGCUGGUUUGCCGUGUGUGGCUUUAUCCACGGCGUCAUUGAGGGCUGGUUCUCGCUCUACUACGACGUCAUCCCGGGAGACCAGAGCUUCCUGUCGCAGCUGUGGAAAGAAUAUUCUAAAGGAGACAGUCGAUAUGUGAUAGCCGACAACUUUACCAUCUGCAUGGAGACCAUCACGGCCUGGUUCUGGGGACCGUUCAGCCUCUGGACCGUGUUUGCCUUUUUAAACAACAAGCCCUACAGAUUUGUCUUGCAGCUCAUCAUUUCAUUAGGUCAGCUGUACGGUGCCGUGCUCUACUUCUUCACGGAGCACAGAGACAGCUACGUCCACAGCGAGUACGGACACCCGGUCUACUUCUGGUUCUACUUUGUGUUCAUGAACGCGCUGUGGGUCGUCAUCCCGCUGCUGCUCAUCGUGGACGCGUGGAGGCAGAUGUCCACGGCACAGACAUUCGCCGACAGGACGCACAAGGCCAAGAGGAAGUGAGCGGCGGAGACAGAGAAUUGUGGACAAACCAGGGGACACAGAGGGACAGAAUACACACACAUAAAUACAACUCAAUGCAAACAAAACAUAUUUGUCCUUUUCCAUGUGAUAAUAAAGCUUUUUUCAAACUGU